UCCGCGGGGAUCAUGAGGAUUUUAACGGCGUCGGGGCUCUUCCUGGCCUUCUGUUCCAUUGGGCUCUUGACCAUGGCCAUCAGCACGGACUACUGGUACGAAACAGAUGCGCGGAAUCACCGGGACCGAUGCAAAAAAUACGCCAGCAAGAGAAAUGACCCAGGAUACAUAUAUAUCUCCAACCAAAACCUUCCACUCCGGAUGCGACCAAAAGCCGCUGGUGCGCGUCAGCCGGAACCCGGAGCUCCUCUGCGGGAAUCCCCGCACCCUAAGCCCGUCAUGGAAUCACGCUGCAGCCGCCACUACAACUCAACCACGACCGGGCUGUGGAGGAAAUGCCACCGAGAAGGAUUCGAUCUGGAGAACGAGGAUCUGAUUUUUAAAGGUUUGCUUCAGCGUUGUACACCGGUGAGAUAUUACUAUUUCUCAGCAAAUAUCCCACGGAAUCUGCCAGUGAACAUCACCAAAACUAUAAGACAAGACGAAUGGCAUGCUCUCCAUUUGCAGCGGAUGACGGCGGGUUUCAUCGGUAUGGCUGUGUCCAUCAUUCUGUUUGGCUGGAUCGUUGGUGCGCUGGGCUGCUGGAAACACAAUGAGCUGAUGCAGUAUGUAGCUGGACUGCUCUUCCUGAUGGGAGGCACCUGCUGCAUCAUUUCCUUGUGCACAUGUGUGGCUGGCAUUAACUUUGAGCUCUCGCGGUACCCACGCUACCUGUACAGCCUGCCGGAGGACAUCAGUCACGGAUACGGCUGGUCUAUGUUCAGCGCGUGGGGCGGUCUGGGUCUGACGCUGCUGGCUGGGUUUCUGUGCACUCUGGCGCCCUCUCUGCACAGUCCCCAGAUCAGCAGCAGCAGCAGCGCACACAAACUGCGACAGGAGAACGGCAUGGUGUGAUGCUCACACACUCCCAUCAUAUGCAUAGAUCCACUAGCACAGACAUGUCAAGCUGAUGUAGACAAGUGUCUCUACAUGUCAGAGAGAAAUGGCAAAUAAACAGUCACACACACUGCAGAGCCUGUGCAGAUACACUGCUAUAAUAAGAUCACGAUCCAGAGUGCAGCUGAGCUAAACAGACCGGAGCGGAAGGAAAACAUGCACUGCAAAACAUUGUCUUAUUUUCCAGAAAAAAAAAAAAAGUUCUAUACAUUAUAUCCCUUGUGAAAAAGAAGUGCACUAAAUUGCAACUUCAUCAUUAUAAAUUUAUAACUAUAAAUAUAUAUUUAAAUACAUAAAGUAGAAGUUUCGAUAGAAAUGACGUUAAGGUAUAUUUUAGGUUAUCAUAAAAGCUUGUUAGUGCAUUCAGCAGAAAUACUUUAACCAUAUUUCAAAUAUUAAAUAAUAUAAUUAUGAAAUGACACAUAAAGAUAUACUUAAGACCUACUGAAGUGGGUCAAACUAACUGCCUUCAAUGUAAAUUCAAACUAUAAUAUGUUUUCUUUUAAUCAUAAAUAACAUGCAAUUUAAUUUCAACAUCUUUUCAAACACUUUUUUUUAAAGUAUGCUUAAGUGGACUUCUUUUUCACAAAGAAUAGCUUUUCCUUAUGUGACAACUAGCCCCCGUGUCCACUAUUCUCUGAAAAUGUACACUAAAUAUAUAGUGAACUUAUAUUGUUUAAAGGAUAUUUAGAUGUUUUUACUGGAAAAUAAAACACUAAAUGCUGAUUCGACAAAACACAGACAGAAAGACAGGCAUCUUCUCUGGUUCAUAGCUGAUAUUUUACUGAAGAUUUGCGUCUCUUAUGGUGCUCUCUUUCUGUAUUGAUCUUUGCCUGUCAUUAUGUUCAUAUCCUUUUUUGUCUAUCUCUCAUCUGUCCUAAUGAUUGACCUUCUGUUGCUUUCCCAUCUGUAUCGCUCCUCCUUUCUCCUGUUUAUGUCUCUCAGUGGAUUUAAAAAUGGAAAUGUCUCCGAGGAUGACAAGAUUAAUCUUUUCGUUCAAUAAACUGUUCUGUGUUUUGGUUUUGCCUGAUACGUAGAAAAGAGAAAAACAGAUCUAGUCACAACUCAAAUAGAUAUCAUUGUCUUCAGUGUCUUCCUAUUUGUUUGUUUUUUACACUCAAACUGAAAAUGUCAAAGCACAAGCAAAGUGAAUUUGAAGGCAAUAUGUGAAAAUGAGCCUCUUUGUGCACAACCUCAUCAUCAAGGAGUCUUUUGAAUUGCAGUGUUAUGAGAUAUUAGACAGGACAUGGUUUGUUUUGAAAUUAUAUUAUGAACAAUUUUUUUUAAUAAAAUGAUCCUG